CUUUUUUUGAUUUCGAAUGUACAUACUUUCGCUUUAGAUUUACUUUGGUGUUUCUUUUUUGUUUUUCUUUUGUUUUUCUUUUUUAGCUCAAACAUCUGUCGUAUCUCACAGUUUCCUUCAAGGCAAGGAAGUUGUAUUAUCCUCAGCUCGCAAGAGAUUCCUAUCUCUGAUUAAACAUAUUAAACAUCAUGAAUGGAAAAGCAUGAGAAACGUUGUGACUUUUGGCUGGCUGAAUUGUAUUCUUUAUCCCUGCUAGAAUUAUGCUCUCCAAUCUUGUAUCUUAUAGUUGACACCGUUCAUUUCGUUUAGCCUGAUUUCGAUCGAAAAAGACAGUAUUUCAACUUGCAAGCCUUGGAUUCGUUAACAACAACAAAAGGUUUGUUGAACCGUAUCAAACUGCAGUCAUUUAAUAUUUGAAACGAAGUAUUGUUUGCUAUCCAACAAUCAUGGAACAGGGCGGAAGCGGAUACCGGGUUGAGAUUGCUUCCAAUAGUCGUUCCAAAUGUAAAGGUUCUUUAUGUGGUCGUUCAAAAAUUCCAGCAGGUGCUGUACGCUUCGGUACAUUUGUUGACUCUGGGAGAUUUCAAAGCUGGGCUUGGAAACAUUGGGGGUGUGUCACACCGCGUAUGUUAAAAAACGUUAAAAAUCGCCUUGGUGAAGAUGAUUUAAGAAACACUUUGGAUGGAAUCACGGCUCUCCCGGAUGAAUGGAUUGACAAAAUUAUCCGAGCUGUACAAGAAGGUCACGUUGCGGCAGAAGACGAGCGAGAAAGCAAAAAGAUAGCUAAUGGAAUGAAGGCUAGCACCUCAACGAGCAUUCGUUCUGAUAAAAAACCUUCCAUGGUCCCUCCAAAGGUUGUACGCAAAACAAAACGCCAUCAUGUCACAACCAAGUCCGUCUUAAGCGAUUCCGAUGAUGAAGCAGAAUUUACGGGUUCUUCUGAAGAAUAUGAUUCAGAUUAACUGAAGUUUUGAUUUUAACUUUUGGCCAUUUUUUUCAUGAACAUGAAAUAUAUGCAUGACUCAUUUGCUGGUUCUUUUUUUGCUUUAUAUCCAGAACAUGUUGAAAAAGAUCAACAAUGCGAAUAUAAUUCAGCUAAUCUGUCAAGCUUUACACACCCUUUUACUUAAGAUCCAAAGUAACUAGGAACAGUAGAAAAAAUCAACAUGUAGAAUGAAAGGAUAAGAAAAUUCUAUCGUCAUUUGAAUAUGUAUCGAAUACGAUAUAGUCCAACUUUGAUUAAAAGCUUUCAAGUUAGAGAACGUAACGUUUUCUAUCUGAGACAACUGCACAGAGUUCUCAAAAUAUAAAUUUACG